AUGAAUCCCAUGAGCUCAAGCAAACAAACGAUACUCAUGGGAGAUAUUAAUGUGGACAAUCUCACGGAAAAUAAUGACAACACAAAUCUUCAAGAACUUCUUGCUACAUAUGACAUUGUGAGAAUGAAUCUCCCUCCUACGCAAAUCACAAGUGAAACUAAAAAGUCAAUAGACUGGAUCUGCACUAACAUAGACCCUGAGAGCAUAAAAACAUCCAUCAUCCUGACAGGCUUAUCUGACCAUACAGCACAAACAUUUUCCCUUAAAACAUCAAAAAUAAUCAAAAAAACCGUUAAGGAAAGAAAAAGACUAUUUACCAAUAGAGAACUAACACGGUUCAAGGAAAAACUACAAACACAAACCUGGGACCAGAUCUUAAUGGAAGAAGAUGUCAACCAUGCCUAUAAAUCCUUUCACAGUGCACUACAACUUAUAUUAAAUGAAACCUGCCCUCUGAAAUUAGUCAAAGGAAGACAACAUAAAAAAAGACAGGUCUGGGAUGACGAAUGCAACCAACUGAAAAAUGCGUACAUCAGUGCUUUAGAAAUAGAACAGCGUACAGGCCUAGCAAAACAUAAAGCACAAACAGUGGAGAGGAAAAGAGAAUAUGACUUGAGACUGAAACACCUAAGGCGAGAACAAACUACAGCACACAUUAACCAAGCAGAAAAUAAAUCAAAAUCGCUGUGGCAGCAAGGUAUCUUCCCAACUGUUCUGAAGACCGCCAAAAUAUAUCCAAAAUAUAAAAAAGGACCACGGAGUGAACCUGGCAGCUGCAGGCCUAUAUCACUCAUCCCGACAUUCUCCAAAAUAAUUGAGAAAAUUGUCCUUACCAGACUCCUAAACCAUCUCGAACAGCAUAAUCUACUUACAAACAAACAGCAUGGAUUCCUUAGGGGUAGGUCCACAACAACAGCCCUGGUAAAGCUGACAGAACACAUCAUAUACCAACUAGAGGAAGGAUGUUCAGUAACUAGUCUGUUCCUUGACUUUAGUAAAGCUUUCGACUGCCUCAAUCACGAUCAGCUACUACAAAAACUAAGAGCCCUAGGCGUAGGAGGUAAAGAAGCAGAUUGGUUUAAAUGCUACCUCAAGGGAAGAAAACAAUCGGUAGAAAUAAAUUACACCCAAAAUUAUACAAACUAUAAAAUUCAAUCAGCAACAACUGAAGUGAGAAGAGGGGUGCCUCAAGGAUCCGUGCUCGGGCCGGUGCUCUUCCUCCUCCUCACGAAUGAUAUGCCAAACUGCCUGGAUGAUGCCUGUUCUAUAUAA